ACGUGUUUAUGUGUGAACGGGACACGGUUGGUCUGUGCGGGUUAUGUUUGGAUUACAUUAGUUUCGUAAUUUAACAAUUCACGCGCCAUUUUAUGUUGGCUUCGGCAUCAGUUUGAUGCGUUUAUUUCACCCUCUGCUGUAGACAUACCUGCAUCAUUAUGCAGGCUCUGCUUGUGAGAGUCAUCAGCGCGGUUACUCUGGUGUUUAUCCUGAUGCAAAUAUUUUACCCAGGAUUUGUGACGGGCAUCCAGUGCUGGAAGUGCAACUCGCGGGAGGAUCCCGGCUGCGGCGACCCGUUCGAGAACAACACCUACUACAAGGUCGACUGCGACAAGCAGGACGACCGCAAGCACCUGCCCGGCGUCAAGGCCACCAUGUGCCGCAAGAUCCGGCAGAAGGUGAACGGCAACUGGCGUGUGAUCCGGGACUGUGCGCGGGUCGGCGAGCCCGGCAUCGGCGGCGACGAGCGCUUCUGCCUGCACACGAUGGGCACGUUCGACAUCUACGCCGAAGUCUGCACGUGCGCGCGCAAGGACGGCUGCAACGGCGCCUCCCGGCCCGCCGCCGCCGCCGCCGUAGCUGCGCUGGCGGCGCUCACCGUCGCUCUCGCUGGCGCCCGAUAGAUGGCACGAAGGUCAUGUCCGGUGUCCAGCGCGGUAUAGAUGGCGCUGCAGACGUCCGCCUCGUAUGUCGGACGUCCUACUCUGAAGCCCGGUAACGUCGCGUUCCGCCCCUCCCGCCGUCCCCCCC